GCUAGACCUUUCAAUUAGUGUAGUAUCUCUGCCAAACAAUGAUGAGUUUAAUCCACGUCUUUUUGUUUUUAAUUUUUGGGACAUUGGCAUCUCUUGCCAUGUCCCGAACAAUCCAUGAAACCUUCAUUGUUGACAAACAUGAGGAAUGGAUGGUUGAUUAUAAUCGAAAAUAUGAGAGCAAAUUAGAGAAGGAGAAGCGUCUUAAUAUAUUCAAGGAAAACUUGGAAUAUAUUGAGAGCUUCAACAAUGGCGGAAAUAGGAGUUUUAAGUUAAGUCCCAAUGAAUUUGCAGACAUGACACAAGAUGAAUUCAUUGCAGCUCAUACUGGAUACAAGAUGCAAGGCAAUCCCACACUGUCCGAAUCAACAUCUUUUAUGUAUGAAAACGUCUCAGAUGUUCCAACAAACUUGGAUUGGAGGGUCCAAGGUGCUGUCACUCCUGUUAAGUUUCAAGGUCAAUGUGGAUGUUGUUGGGCAUUUUCAGCAGUGGCAGCCAUUGAAGGGAUAGUCCAAAUCAAAACUGGUAGUUUAAUCUCAUUAUCUGAACAACAAUUGUUGGAUUGCAGCACAGAUGGAGGAAACAGAGGUUGCGAUGGUGGACGAAUGGUAAAUGCUUUCGAAUACGUUAUCCGAAACCAAGGAAUAACUACUGAAGAGAGCUACCCAUAUCAAGAAACACAAGAAACUUGCGACACUGAGAAACAGAUAAACAAAGUUGCCACCAUCAAUGAAUAUCAAAUGGUGCCUGAAAACGACGAAGAAGCGUUGCUUAAGGUCGUCGCAAGUCAACCUGUCUCAGUUGCAAUCGAAGGCCAUGGACAAGACUUUCGGUUUUACAGCGGGGGAGUGUUUACCGGAGAUUGUGGCAAUGCUCUCUCCCAUGCAGUCACCGUUGUCGGAUACGGAACAAGUGAAGAAGGUUUAAACUACUGGCUGGUUAAGAAUUCAUGGGGAGAAACUUGGGGUGAAAAAGGAUAUAUUAGGAUUCAAAGGGACGCGAAUACACCAGGUGGCUUAUGUGGUAUCGCCAUGAAAGCUUCGUAUCCCGUUAUGUAAGUUCAUAUAAUGGACAUUUCUCUACCUAUAUAUAUGUGGUUGUACUGCUUGACUAAUUUUCGAGCAUACUGAUAGGUAAGUUACGAUAAUCAAUUAGCAGUGUUAAAUGGUCUAA